GCUUGAUAGGCCGGCCUGUUUGUAUCACAGUUCCUUUUGAGGAGGCUUCACUUUCUUUUCGGUUUUUAGUACAGACAAUGUUUUGGCGCAAAAUUCAACACAGAAUGUGGAAUUAGGUCGACAUAUUGAAAACUUGACCUGGUUGCCGUUUCUUGGAGGCCAAAGAGGAAUAGAACACUGUUUUGGAGCGAGACUGAAUCGCUGUUGAGAGUGACAGGACAUGCCCGGGUCUGUGGAUCCAACGGCAGAGGACCUGCGAGCCUUCGAGCGGCGUCUGGGCGAGAUGGUGGCCUCCGAGAAGCCGAGCAAAUGCCGGGGAGGCCUACUUAUGGGCGCCAUUGUUACCUGCACGGCAGUGGGAUCGUGCCACUGGCUGGAGGAGGCCCGGGAGAGCAAGUCCUUGAUCUUUAGGGCUUUGGCCAGUCAGGGUGUUUUCGUCAUCUCGAUGGCCUCGCUCGUCCUCCUGCUAAUAUUUGGAUUCAAACGCGUCUCUCAAAAGGACAUGCCCAUCCUUCGAAAUAUGCGUUCCAUUCUGAACAUAUUUCGAAUUCAAUGCGACGACGACGGACAUUUAAUUCUUAUUCCUUCUUCGGAUUAAAGUUUCCUUUAUUUCAUAUUUUUUAUUUUUUGGUCAAUAUGUUACUUCCAUAUACUAUAUAUAUAUACAUAUAAGUAUUUGGUCAAAAUUAGCGACAACAGAUGACACAAUUUUUGAAAAUAAAAUGUUGAAAUAGCA